AUGAGCAUCCCACCACGACGUGUUAUCAAGGAGGAGCGCCCCGAGAUGCGGAGCGUACGGAUACAGCCGGCUGCCCCAUCGAUGGCUCCUCCUAUGCCCAUGCCUUUCGGUGGACGCACCAACUUAGCUCACAACAAGACCCAAUCGCCGCAGAGCGCGCCGGCUACUACUUCUGGCACAGUCAACAAGGCAUGGAAGAUCAGCCAACUUAGACCAGUCCCUUCCUUCUACAGACUAGAACGCACUCAUUUGAAGAUUGCCGAUGCAUCUGUUACGGAGAUUGCAGCUCGUAUUGCCGACUGUCUUCGUGAAGAAUCGGUCUACGCAGUGUUCGACGAUGACGAGGCAAUGGUAGAAGCAGAGACCCAUGAGGCUGUUACCUUUACCACUCGUCUCUUUGCCGGGGAUGGCAAAGUGAUUGUUGAACUGCAACGGGAGGCUGGAUGCUGCUUUCUCUUCCAGCAAACUGCCCGUACCGUCCUCCGCGCUGCCAAGGGAAUGAAGCAGGCGAACACCAAGAGACGGGCAUGCACUGUUCCUGCUCCUACACUUCCGCGUAAGAGCAGUCACGAAGAAGAGAAGGAAAGCCUGGAGAGCGGCCUGGAACUUGCCGCUGGCCUCCUCAAGAAGGAUCGACUUGAUGCUCACUUGUUGGCCAUGGAGAGUCUCAGUCAUCUUUCACGCUCCGCCGAGUGCGAAUGUCUUGUCGCCAAGGCUAUUGUCUGCGGCCCCCUGUUGGAGACCUUGGUCUCUCUCAUCGAGUGCUGGAGCGUUGGCGACAUGAACGCCGAGGAAGAGGAAAAGGGGGAAAUGGAAGAGCAGCACUGCGCGACCAUGCAUCGUUUGGCCAUUGCGGUGCUGGCUAACUGCUUGAACAUUCUGGAAGCUCAGGGUCAAUUGGACUCGGUCCUAACCGAUCGACGAGAACAGCUCUGUGCUCCCAGCUUUUUGAUGGCCUUGGUUACAGAGCUACGUAGCGCCGAUCAGCGACCGCACGACGCUUCCGAAGCUGCAAGAUGCUUGCAACCUUUGGUUCGGUGUUGUCCCGAAUGCAAGCCUCGGCUCAUGGAAUGCGAUGGUCUGAGUGCUGCUGCCGCGGCUCACAGCGCAGGGGCCAAGAGCCACGCUACUUUGGAAAAGGAAUGCCAUUUGUUGAAAAUUGAGAUCACCAACUGUAACUAG